AUGGGAGGUGGUAUGAAGUACAGUGGGUCAGCCACUUUGAGCGCUCCCCAACCCAAACACUCUGGUGUGUGGAUGCCGACAGAAUCCCCACGUCUCACGUCCUCUAUUAUACUACUUCACUUUUGUGUGAAACAGCAUCAUCACGUCACCGACACAUUGAGUCUACUCCGCCAGUUGGUGCUUGACCCUAUGGGCAGUGAAUAUUAG